AGCCACCGGAAUUGUACGACCACUUUUUGGAGCUCUGCACACUACACACCCUAGUUGCGCCAUUCAUCCUCGCCGCUAUCGUAACAUUUACCUGAUCUAUGGCUAUCACUGGCUUCAUCAAGGUUUGCGAGGGGGUAGGAUCUGAGACGGUGGAGGUUCCCUUGGAGGCUGAUGGGACACUGCUUCUUACUACGCUGACUGCGCAAUUUCCGAAGUGUACUGGUCUUAAGUAUUUGGCCAGUGACUCAAACUGUUUUCGUGGUCUUCGUCUUGUUGGUGAUCGGAUACACCCACCAUUUGACAGUGACUGGCUCGAUAAUAUUUACUUCUGCGUGUUUCCGAAAGACAAUAAGCGUAAGGGUGAUGAAGACACAGAGGAUACGAAACAAAAAGUCAAAUGCUUUGGAGGGAAGAAGUGCACUGACCUGAUUGUGUUGAACUUAGCUUGGCAAACAGAUGAAGCCAAAUUGCGCAAUUAUUUUUCACAAUUCGGUGAUCUGGUAAUGGUUCAGAUCAAACGAGAUCCAGAUACCGGCAAAAGCAGAGGGUACGGCUUUAUUCGUUUUAGUGACUUCGAUGGACAAGUCAUGUGUCUGGCCGAGAGGCACAUGAUCGACGAUCGGAUAUGCGACGUCCGCGUGCCAUUGUCCAAGAUCGAAGGGGAUCGUCAGGAAGUUAAUCGGAAAAUACACGUUGGUCGUUUGACUGAAGAUGUUGGUGUGGAUGCUCUCCGACAUCAUUUCUCACAGUACGGUCGCGUGAUAGACGUGUUUAUUCCGAAGCCAUUUCGUUCGUUUGCCUUCGUAACAUUUGAAGAUCCGGAGGUGGCAUCGUCUUUACUUGGCAAAGAAUUUGUCAUCAAGGAGUGCAAUGUGCUUAUUGGUUCUGCUGUGCCUAAGUUACCUGCGCAAUCUCGUUCAAAUGGGAACUCAACUGCCUCUUCGAGUCACCCAGUGCCACAGUCGCCUUCCACCACUCUGGCUGCCGGUGGUCAACUCUGGAAUUCACCUGGUUAUUGGCCAACAUCGUACGGCAUGUUUUCUGCAUCUAACCAUCCAGGGAACCAGCAGGGUAGCUUAAUGGGGCGCACAUCCAAUGGCCCGAUGGGUCUCAAUCCAGCCGCAGCCGCUGCUGCAGCUUCUCUGGCUGCUCAAUACACCCGAGCCCAUCAGAGACAGUGCACCGGUAGCAGCAGUGCUGGAGGCAUUGCGGAAGCCUACGGAUUGGACGAGAAAAAUGGCCCUGCUUUUGCUGCAUUAAAUCUUCUCAACAAUCCAAAUGUGGUAGCUGCUAUCGUGAGUGCUGCAGCUGGUGCCCUUGCUGGGUCACCAUCUCGUUAAUGCGCAUUUGGAUGAUCAACCGAAUACGAAGAAUUUGCACUGAGCUCUUACCCUGCAAUAUUUUCCCUGUUGUACUUUUAGUCUGUCUGCUGUUUGCGCUGGCCGUUUUUUAUAUCAUGCUGGUUCCUGUCCGAUCGGUCGCCUGAUGUGAACAUUGUGAACCCGUUUGUCCGCUUGGCUCGCUGUUCUCACUAGUUUUCUCUGUGCUGUUAUCACGAAGAUGAUCGUUUGCAGCAUCGGUCGUUUGUUGGUGCUUUCCGCUUGCAAUGGUGGGCGUUAUGGUUGUAUUUGAUGACACGUUGUGGAAUGGUGUCCGAUGGUUUUAAAUCUACGGGGCUCUGCUUCUUUCGAUUGUGGUUGUCUUUAAGUUCACUGCUUGUGGUGUCCGUAUGUUGACGGCUUCCCAAUCGCUUAGCCACCAUCGCGAAUGCACGCGUAUGAUGCGGCGUUGUGAAUGCUGGGGUUUUGGUGCUGUUGCAUCGUUUAUUUGGCACGCUACGUCCAGUUUCUGCGGGUGCUGAGCGAUGAUAACUAAAAUAACCUGCGUGCGUCAGUCGCUUCCCAGCGACCGAUGACUUUUAUUAAACAUUUUGCGAUAUCAACAUCACUUAAAUAGGUGGAAAAUGUUUAUUAGCUUCCGUUUCUCUCAAAGUGUUCCUAGGUAACUUAGUUGUGUCUUUCAAGUUUCCAAGGUGGAUUAUCGGUUACCAUUCCAUGUAAUGAAGAAUAACUGCAUUGGAUGUAUAUCUUAAUAAGAUGAUAACUUCUUGCUGCUCAAAUAGUGUUGUUUUCUGAGGCAAGGAUGCAAACAACCCACCAUUUCGGUAACCAACCAUCAUCCAAACCGCCGGUCAUUUGGAACAAUGGAUUUAUCACGGAUAUAAAAGCAAGCGCUUAACAGUUUUCCUUAGGUAAAGAUGAGAUC